CGGGCGGUGGUGCUCGCAGUAGGGUUGCGAGCUUCAGGCUUUAGCCAUGGCGGCAGCGGCGGUGACUGCUGCGACCAAGGGGAAUGGGGGAGGCGCGGGCCGGACUGGGGCCGGCGAAGCCAGCGGCGCACGAAAGAAGAAGGGCGGGGGGCCUGUGGCCACGGCGUACCUAGUUAUCUACAAUGUAGUGAUGACAGCGGGGUGGCUUGUUAUAGCUGUUGGUCUCGUCAGAGCAUACCUGGCUAAGGGCAGCUAUCAUAGCCUUUAUUAUUCAAUUGAAAAGCCUUUGAAAUUCUUCCAAACAGGAGCCUUAUUGGAGAUUUUACAUUGUGCAAUAGGAAUUGUUCCAUCUUCUGUUGUUGUGACUUCUUUCCAAGUGAUGUCAAGAGUUUUUCUAAUAUGGGCAGUAACACAUAGUGUCAAAGAGGUACAGAGUGAAGACAGUGUCCUUCUGUUUGUUAUUGCCUGGACAAUCACAGAAAUUAUCCGCUACUCCUUUUAUACAUUCAGUCUAUUAAACCAUCUGCCUUAUCUCAUCAAAUGGGCCAGGUACACACUUUUCAUCGUGCUGUACCCGAUGGGCGUGUCAGGAGAACUGCUCACGAUAUAUGCUGCUUUGCCUUUUGUCAGACAGGCUGGCCUGUACUCCAUCAGUUUACCUAACAAAUACAAUUUCUCCUUUGACUACUAUGCAUUCCUAAUUCUGGUAAUGAUCGCCUACAUUCCAGUUUUCCCCCAGUUGUACUUCCAUAUGAUACACCAGAGAAGAAAGGUCCUUUCUCACACUGAAGAACACAAGAAAUCUGAAUAGUUCCUGUUUCCUGCACCCCUCCAAAAAACAACAUUUUCAGUGACAAAACAAUGCUGCAGACUUUUUGAGUUCCCUAUACAUUUAAUAAAAAAUAAGUAAUAACUAUUUUUAAAAUAUUAAAAACAAAAAACAAAAUCCAGUGUCACACAGGCCUGGGAUUUUAUAAAAUAAAACAAAAGCUAUUACAUAAAACAUCCUGGCCAGUCCAUUCAGAUUCAGCAUGCUUUUUCAACCAAAAGUUUCCAAUAUUUAUGAUGGCGCUAGACAGGAAUUUGGCAUUUUCUACCCUCCUGAUUCCUUCAUGUAUCUGAUAAACAAAGAUCUGUAACACUGAAUGGCUGAGCUGCAGUCGGAGUGGGGAGGGUGCUCCAGCUGCGCGUCCGGCUCGCGGUGGGGUUCUGUUUCAGUCUGCAGCGUGGCCGGCGUCCCCUUUCAAAGUGCUUGACUGCAUGCUGGAAAGUUUGUGUUUUUGCAGCGGCAAACUUUGUUCUCUGGAAUGCUCUGAAGUUAUGGCUGGGACCUUUUCCCUCAUGUCUAGUGAAUGAAAUGUGCAGUUUGUAUGUCUGCGAAGCUUUGGGGUAGUUCCUAUAAUCAGAAAACAGCUAGAACCCUUUUGUUUGUUUUCAAUUGAGUCAUAACUGCCUGCCACUAAGAAACAUGCUUGAGUUUAAUAAGUAUGUGUACAUUGUAGAGAACCUAUCUUAUCUGGGGCUCAGCCUCACUCACAUUUUAACAGAACGACCGUUCUCAGAAAGGGAAGGUCUCGUCGCUAGUGAAAGACAAGGGCGUUUCCAGUACCGGUCUCAGACCCUCCGAGGGUGAUUUGCCAGCGGCUGCUCUCGUUUGUGGCCCUGAAACCCGGCUAGUCCCAGGGGUAGAGGGUCUGUCCAGGGAAACACUUGGAAGGUGUUACUCCAGAAGUGUAGUCCAGAAUAUUCGGGAAGAGGUUUCUACACCCUUACUAUUUUAUUUUAAAAUUUUCAUGGAACUCUUCUGUUUGGAUGCUUUUCCUAGUUUUGGCCUUCUGUAAUUCCCCCCACCAAGUCCAGAGGCUGUGAAAUGGUCCAACGGCAGUCGUGAGCUAAAAGCAGUAUCAUCCCACAUGUCAGAGCAGCCAAGAAAUACUUUGGUCAUAUGGACAUUGUCUCAUUAACAUCAUGUCUUUGUACCAUUUAAUUGCUCAACUGUGUGUUUAAGACUCCUCACGAAAGGGUAGGAUGAAACCUGAAGCCCAAGUUCGGAUGGGUACCAGAUUUUAACAGGGUGUUCUUUGUGGAGCCUUUUUUUCCCUUUUUUAAAAAAAUUGGUUGAUCUUUAAAACUUUAAAAGUCUAGCUUACAGAAUCAUUAUCAUUUAAAAUAUAAUUGCUAAUAUCAGAAGAGUGUCAUAAUAGAAAACUAAUUUUUUAAAUGCUUAUUUUCGUAGAGGCUUGGAAGUUAAUAUAAGAAGAGAGUAAAAUAUGCAGCCUAAAAUGUGAUGCAGGCAGAUAUGUGAUACAUUAUUUUUUAAUUAAACAGUAAAAUUCUGCUUCUAAAAGUCAGCACCCUUACCUUGGGCAUGUUGAGAUUAGACUCUAUUCUUGUACUUGAUAAAAUAUGUGGGGAAGAUUGUAUUUCAUGCUUUUUCUCUUUUUAUUUUUUCAAAAUGUAUUUUUACUAUAAAAUAGAAUCAAUUUGGGUUAUAUUAGCCUUAUUACUUAAUUUGGGUAAGAUUGGUUUUGGUUGUGCGGAGAUAGACGAUGGAAUGGAAAGGGCAGGUUUUCUGCUUUGCUGGAGUGGUUGUAUUCAGGCCUCUGAACUGUACUUUGUCCCUGUGCAUGAGAACCAUCUGUGGCAGAAAUUGUGGCAGGAGCACCGGAAACGAUCCCCUUCCCCAAGAGGGUCUCAAACCCAGUGUUUAUUUUUGUACAUCAAACAUUUAAAGUGGUUAUGGCAGAUUAGUAAGACAUGCCACCAUGGCCUUCAGUCACUUCUCAGUAACUGGUUUCUUUAGCUCCAACAUAAAUUAAUUUUUCCUUUGAAGUGGUGGCAUUCUUUUAUGAAUUGAGACCACCUAACCCCACCAAAUGUCCCAUCUUCUUAUAUAGUGUAAAUGAAGAAGGUGGUGGUCGGUGGGUGUUGUGUCAGACUUACAGUGUUCAUUUCAGGGCAUCAUCUGCCCAGCUGUCCCCUGAGGGGAUGCUUCAGACCCCCUGGGGGACCACCUGGCAGAGACUGGGGGCGUGUGCCGCAGUGCUGUGCCCGCAAGCUGCUGGUUUGCACCUUGCUGUGUCCUGUGUGCUGAGGUUGGAUCGUUCAUUUAACACGUACUCCCUGUGAUCAGAGGCACCGUGGAGAAGUAGUCACGGAAUAAAGCACCAUCCUCCCAGACGAGAACCUUCCUCUGGCAGACUUCCUACAGAAGGGGUGGCGGUCGAGAGGCCUGUGAAGAGGGUGCCCUCAUUUCCACUUGUGCUUUUGGUUGUUCGUUUGUAAUAAAAGGUUGGCGUGGAAAUAUUUUCAAUUCUGAGUUUCAGAUAAAACAUUAUCAAACAUCAAAAUCAGUACAUACUGCUCCUUUGAAAUUUGGGUAAAAAUUUAUAUGACCAUAUAUAGUCAUUUUGUAUUUUUUUCUAUGUUGUGAAAAUCAAAAUUGUAAUUUUAUAAGUCUUUGAUUCACUACAAUUCUCUAAUUUAAAUGUAUUUUUUGUAUAUUUAGAAAUAAGGCAUUCAAAGACUAUGCUUAACUUUCUACGCAUGCAUUUGGGAGCUGUUUUUACCUGGUAAUGUUAAUGUAGUAAUAAGUCAUAUUCAUAAAAUACUGAUCUGUGUUGCAUUUCAAAAUAAACUCGUGUGUGCUCUGCCUGGAUUUGAAAUACUGACCAGUGAGUUUAGUGAUUUUUUUCCAUUAAAUUAGCCUGAAAGUGGUGGUGUGGGAAUAUGGACGAGAUUCAGUUCUGUUACAGAUUCUAGCUCUUUUGACAGUUUUAAAAUGUAUCUCUGCUCAUCGUAAUGGUUCUGCACUCACAGG